AUGCUCCCCAGAGGAGCAGAGGCCCAGGACUGGCAUUUGGACAUGCAGCUGACGGGCAAGGUGGUGCUGUCUGCCGCUGCCCUGCUCCUGGUGACUGCAGCCUACAGAUUCUACAAGUCGAGGCCUGCCCCAGCCCCUCCGGGGGGUGGGGACACCAAGGCCAAAGCUGAGGAGGAAGCAGAGGGCUCAGGACAGCCUGCCGUCCGGGGUGCUUCUCCCAGGACACUGCAAAGGGGGCCAAGACACCGGAGGGUCUGCAAGGGGGCUGGAGCACUGGGCUGCAGCUGGGAGAACCCAGAAGGCCACCGUGUCCUGGCAACAGGAGCCACUUCCAGAGACGGGAAGCCCCAGAGAUAUGUGGAAACCACCUCUCAGGCCAUCUCCAGGGGUAGGCUGGACCCCAGGACAGCAGCCCUGGCUGAGGCCCCAUCCCCUGGACCACUGCCAAGCCCCCUGGGAACAGGGGCAGCCUCCGAUGAUACAGGAGGGGGAGCAGAAACAGCCGCCUCCCCCAGACCUGUGCUGUCAUCCUCCACACAAGGCUUCAGCAGGAAGGAAAGCCUCCUGCAGAUCGCAGAGAACCCAGAGCUUCAGUUACAGCUUGAUGGCUUCGGGGACCCUGCUCCACACAGCCCAGACUGGGGUGCCCUGCCUGGUUCAGCCAGAAUCAGCGGGGAGCCUCACAUGCAGCUCGUGGCCAGGACAAAUUUCUUCCACCUCCCACCCACCCCCGCCUCAACCCCACACAUCCAGCUGGAUCUGGACAACUGCUAUGAGGUGCUGACCUUUGCCAAGAGCCAGAACCUGGAGGCCCUGAAGGAGGCAGCCUACAAGGUGAUGAGUGACAACUUCCUCCAGGUACUGCGUAGCCCGGACAUCUACGGGGGCCUGAGCGGGGCAGAACGGGAGCUGAUCCUCCAGCAACGGCUCCGGGGUCGCAAGUACCUGGUAGUGGCCGACGUGUGUCCCCAGGAAGACUCCGGCCGCCUCUGUUGUUACGAUGAUGAGCAGGAUGCCUGGCACCUGCUGGCCCGUCUGCCCCCCGAGGCCAUGUCCCAAGGCUGUGCCAUCUGCAGUCUCUUUAAUUAUCUCUUCAUGGUGUCUGGCUGCCAGGGGCCCAGACACCAGCCCUCCAACCGCGUCUUCUGCUACAACCCACUGACAAGGAUCUGGAGCGAAGUGUGCCCGCUGAACCAGGCCCGGCCACACUACCGACUGGUGGCCCUGGACGGGCACCUGUACGCCAUUGGGGGAGAGUGUCUGAACACGGUUGAGUGUUACGAUCCUCGCCUGGACCGCUGGGCCUUCGCNGGGUGUCUCCCUGCUGCCUGGGCCAGGAAGCCGGAGCAGCUGUUGGCGCGCUGGAUGGCCCCCGCAGACCGUAGCAGUGACAUGAACCAGAGCUGGACCGUCAGCCGUGUGACAGGGGUCAGCAGGGAAGAGGCCAGGGCCCUGCAGGCUGCCUCCGACAUGGGCCUGGCCCUGUAUCAGCAGGAGGGAGCCUCCUAUACCUUCUCUUCUGUGGCCAGGGUCCGAAUGGAGGAGAGUUUCAUACAGAAGGUAGAAGGCAUGGGGCCCAGGCUGAAGGGCAAGGUGUACGAUUACUAUGUGGAAACCACCUCUCAGGCCAUCUCCAGGG